CCAUGCAGUAGUAGUGUAUAAUCAGUGAUUCUAUGGCCAGUAAUGAAACUGCAUGGAAGGCAUUUUAUUAGUGUAGUAAUGACAAUUGUGCUGUGAGGUUCCUUUUACGCCGCUUAUUGACGUCAUGUUAAUGGUAGACGAAAGGGAAAUAAAACAAUCUUCUACCACGAUAAUAGUUUCAACCUCUUGCGAUUUUCAUUUACAUAAAUAAAUUUCUUUGUCGGUCGUUCUUGGUUCUCACUUCUCACAUAUGCAUCCUGCCAACAUUUGUCACUUCUGCUUGUGUGCUGUGUGAAACGUGGUAUCAAUACCGAUGUGGGCUAUGCUGAUGUUCAUAGGUGCUAUUUGAAUAAUGGACAAUCGGAAGUAGUGAGCGAAUGUACAUAUUAGUGAACGGCCGCGAAUCCCCUCAAGGAACUCAUCAUGUUGAGCUUACAAAAUGGGCCAUUUGUUAGUGCAGCAACUGGCUACAUUCCUGAGAUGGAACAGAUCAUCAGUCAAUUAGAAAGAAGCACAUUGGUAACAAAAUUUUCAUGGCGAAAAAAAGUGGAGAGCAAGUCCAUGAGUAUUCGGAGGGAGACCAAUCAAGUGGUAUGGUGUAGACCCUCCAGUGGAACGAAGCCUGUAUAUGAUGGAGCUGUUGAUAUAAGAGAAAUAAAAGAAGUUAGAUUUGGUAAACAGUCAAAAGAUUUUGAGAAAUGGCCGGAAGAAGCCAAAAAGAUGGAACAUUUACGAUGUUUUGUUGUAUAUUAUGGAUCUGAGUUUAAAUUAAGGGCACUUAGUAUUGCUGCUUUGUCUGAAAAAGAAUGUGAACUAUGGACAAAAGGCCUACGUUAUUUAAUGCAGGAUUCCCGUAGGCAGUCGUAUCCUACGCAAGUGCAAAUAAAAUUACGCACCGAGUUCUACGCAAUGGAAAACCCACGGGAAUCUGUCUCGCUCAAAGAGAUUAAAUCAUUUUUUCCGCGACUCAAUUGCAAGAUACCGACCAGUAAGCUGCGCGAGUAUUUUAACGAAGUGGAUACACGUAAACGAAAUGAGAUCGGCUUUGACGACUUUUCCACACUUUACCACAAAUUAAUGUAUAACGAAAAAGUGAGUACUCAAAGCAUAUCAGCAAUCCAAGACUUGCAAUUAACUCUUAUGCAUUUUCAGGUAUUACCCGAUAUUGCGUUUAGCGUAAAUACUGCUAACCAAGUGACGUUGAAAGAAUUUCAGACGUUCUUGCUCGUCGAACAGAAAGAAAGCAGCGCCAAUGAUCCUCAACGAGUUUCUGCACUUAUCCGUGAUUUUCUCAAGGAUCCCCAACGUGACUGCGCUGAACCAUACUUUCUGGUCACAGAAUUUGUUGAUUUUUUAUUUUCAAAGCAGAACGACCUGUGGGAUACAAAAAAAGACACGGUCUAUCAAGAUAUGACCAAACCAAUGUCGCAUUAUUGGAUCGCCUCAUCGCAUAAUACGUAUUUAACAGGCGAUCAAUUCUCGAGCGAGUCCAGCGUCGAGGCGUAUGUACGGUGUUUACGAAUGGGAUGUCGUUGUAUUGAACUAGACUGCUGGGAUGGGCCUGACGGCAUGCCAUUCAUCUAUCACGGCCACACGUUGACGACACGUAUUAAGUUUAUGGACGUAAUACGUACAAUAAAGGAACAUGCUUUCGUUACAUCGGAAUAUCCCGUUAUUCUGUCAAUUGAGGACAACUGCUCGUUGCCACAACAGCGUAAAAUGGCCACCGCAAUGCAGGAAGUCUUUGGCGACAUGCUUCUUAUACAUCCGGUGGAAAAAAACGAGAAACAACUUCCAUCACCACACCAGCUUCGGCGGCGUAUUAUUCUUAAGCACAAAAAACUGCCAGAGGGGCAGGAGGAGGCUACUCUAGUCACGAACGAAGUGAACGACUUAGAUUUGAGAAAUUCUGUCAAAAACGGUAUCAUGUAUCUGGAAGAUCCCGUUGAUAAAGAAUGGAAUCCGCAUUUUUUUGUUCUUACACCAAGUAAACUCUUCUAUAUCGAUAAGUACAAACAGGACGCCGAAAAUGAACGUUCAGAGGAUGAAGAUGAGGGACCUGUGUUACAUUAUAAAAAGAACGAUAUUCCAAAUGAGGAACUACACUUUGCAGAGAAAUGGUUCCAUGGCAGAUUACCAAACGGUCGUGAUGAAGCCGAACAACUGCUCAAAACGUAUUCGAAUCUAGGCGAUGGAACGUUCCUAGUGCGUGCGAGUGUCACCUUUGUUGGUGAAUACUGCCUAUCCUUCUGGCGUAAUGGCCUAGUAAACCACUGCCGCAUUCGCUCCAAACAGGACAAACAGCAGACUAAGUACUAUCUCACCGACUCGAAGUUCUUUGACAGCUUAUACAGCCUGAUCACGCACUAUCGGUCUCAUCCGCUGGUUACGCACGAAUUUUCAAUCACUCUCAGCGAGCCAGUGCCACAACCGAAGAAACACGAAGGCAAGGAUUGGUAUCAUCAGCACACAACGCGCCUACAGGCCGAAGAAGCGCUCAAGUGCGAGCGGAACGAAGGUGCCUUCCUAGUCAGACAGAGCGAGAACGAUGCCAACUCGUACACGAUCAGUUUCCGCGCCGACAAGAAAAUUAAGCACUGUCGCAUUAAACGCGAGGGGCGGCUGUAUACGAUAGGUAGCGUGGAGUUUGAAAGUUUGGUAGAGUUGAUCAACUAUUAUGAACACAAUCCGCUCUACAGGAAGGUGAAAUUGAUGUAUGCAAUCAACGAGGAUGCCAUUAGAAGGAUGGGAAUGCAUGAAGAAUCUAGUCCAUACAACGCUACACCUUCGUAUAUGGAUCCAAGUUCUUUUUCGAAUCCAAAGAUAACUGUAAAAGCAAAGUUUGAUUACAAAGCGCAACAAUCCGAUGAGCUAUCAUUUUGCAAACAUUCGAUCAUCACCAAUGUUGUUAAACCUGAAGGAUCUGACGGUUGGUGGCGAGGUGAUUACGGCGGUAAGAAACAGCAUUACUUUCCUGCAAUUUAUGUCGUUGAGAUUCAACGCAUUGAUCCUGACGACGCAGGGGAUGAGAGCACUAGUGAAUCAGUUCCACAAGGCCAAUUAGAUGUAAAUGGUGCGGUUGUUGAAAUCAUCCACCACUCGGAGCGACAAAGCCUAGAAUGGACAUUAAAAAUAAGCACUAUAACGUCCUGUUCGCCACUUGAGGUCGCCGUUCAAUCGAAGGAUGAGGCUCUUGAGUGGUUGUCGACAAUCCGUGAUUCCGCAGCUAAAGCGUGCGUGCUGGAGUCACAGGCACGCGAAAUGGAACGGGCUUUUCGCAUCGCCAAAGAGAUGUCUGACUUGAUUAUUUAUUGUCGGUCUAUCACUUUCAAUUUGGAUCGAGCGAAACAUCAGUUCCUUUUCUACGAAAUGUCUUCCUUUCCCGAGAAUAAAGCGGAGAAGUUGAUCUGUCAGCAAGAGAACAAGUUCUUCCUGAGGUAUCAUCAGGUGCAAUUUUCGCGGGUCUAUCCUAAAGGGCAACGUAUUGAUUCAUCGAACUACAAUCCAAUUAAUAUUUGGAACUCCGGCUCACAGAUGGUUGCAUUGAAUUAUCAGACCGGUGACAAGCCGAUGCAGUUGAAUCAAGCCAAAUUUCGCGACAAUGGCAGGGCUGGGUACUUGUUAAAACCAGCGUUUAUGUUCCGCGAUGAUUUUGAUCCAUACGAUAAAAAUACAUUGGUGGGUGUUGAUCCACUGACGAUUUCAAUACGAAUAAUUGCGGCGCGUCAUCUGCAGCGGUUAAAAAAAGGAACUGCCAGUCCUUUUGUUGAGAUUGAAAUUUACGGCGCUGACUUUGAUGCGGGGCAAAAACUAUGUACCAAAACAAUUGCCGAUAAUGGAUUUAACCCACGGUGGAAUGAAAUCUGCGAGUUUGAUGUGGCGAAUCCCUCUUUUGCAUUAUUAAGGUUUACCGUUCAAGACGAGGACGUUUUCGGCGAUCCGAAUUUUAUAGGGCAGGCUACUUAUCCAGUGACAUGUCUGCGUACGGGCUAUAGAAGCGUUUGGUUGAAAAACAACUAUAGCGAAGAUUUAGAAUUGGCAUCACUCUUGAUUCAUAUCAGUAUAAAAAAUCAAUUGGAGAAUUUUAAUCACAUCGUCAACUGACAAUAACCGAGAUGUUUUGGAUUUCCAAUUCCGUACAGUUCCUAAGCUUUUAAAGUGAGCAUUACGUAAAGCUGCAUGUUUAACUUCAAAUAACAUGUGAUACAUAUAAUAUUUUUUAUAACCCGUUGUCGGAAAACACUACGUCAAAUUAAAUGCAUAGUUUCCUUAUCUAUGAAAAAAAUGAAAUUAGAAAGUGAAUCUGAUAUCGAUUUAAAUAACAUAUCAUUCGUCUGCAUGCACCAUUUUAAGCACAAUCAACUAGUCUGUAGGUAGUGCAAAUUUGAAAACGGAAUAUUUUUAUACAUUCUUUCAAGCUGAAUAUGUUUGAGAUAAUAUUUUUGAAAGUUGUCUAAUGUUAAUCUUUCGCAAUAAGUGCAGAAUUUGUGAGGUAAAUAAAUACCAUUGCAGUGGUUAGGAAUUGUUUAUUACAUAUUGUUAUAUGUGAAGUCGAAGAUUUAAUAGUUUUUAUCAUAUAAGAAAAUUGAGAAUUACGAAGACAUAAUAAAUAUAUAAACACUAAA